CAGCUAUAUCUGUUCGUCAGUUGGGGUCGGCUCCUAUCAGCUUGCGAAUCAGUCCAGCCCUUUGUCCCUAGUUCUACAACAUGAGCGUAUCCGGCAGACCCAAUGUGCGGAUCAGUAUCAUUGCAGCAGACGGGUUGUAUAAGCGCGACACAUUCUUUUUUCCGAAUCCCUUUACGGUACUGAGUAUCGACGACCAGCAGACUAGAACUACGACUGUAGGCAAGAAGACAAUUAACCCUUACUGGAACGAAGAUUUUGAUGUGAUUGUGAACGAGGAAAGUGUCCUAACGGCUCGGAUAUUUGACCAGAGGCACUUCAAAAAGAAACAUCGAGGGUUUCUUGGAACUGUAAAAGUCCGGAUAGGAAAUGUUCUAGACCUAAACACAGGUGGUGACGAAUAUAUAACACGGGACCUGAAAAAGGAGGCAGACGAUCAGAUCAUCUACGGCAAGCUUGUUCUCAGCCUCAGUACAAAUAUCUCCAGACCAACAGAAAGCAUUGCUCAGAUUUCUGAUCCUACUUUGGAAAACCAAGCUGAGUCCUCAGAGAAACCACCGAGCUACUCAGCCUCCUCGAACCCCGCUCCAAAUGCUUCACAACAAUCAAACAUUGAACGACUACCUGUUACUUCUGAGCUCCCGGCCGAUAUGAGAAGGCCUAAGCUUACUGAAGAAAGACUCUUAUCUAGUCGAAGUACUGCCAGUGAGGAUGCAUUAUCGGCUUGGAAUCGCAGAUUCGCUUCGCGUCAGGUGCGGCUUGCAAGAGAAGAACCCGAGCCUUUCAUUCCAGGACGGCGACUAGGCGGCGGUGGUAUCGGCGUAGUUCACGAGGUGAAGUUAGAUGGCAUCUCUCUCGCGCUCAAACGGACCUAUGCCAAGCGACUUACUGAUUACGAGCUGAACGAGAUCAAGAUCCUUGGUCAGAUCACAGAAAGGAGGCACAAGCAUAUUGUGGAGCUAAUUGGAUCGUAUAUCCACCGACAACGGGGUGUUUAUGAGCUCGGACUUUUGAUUUGGCCUGUAGCUCAUUGUGACCUGGCAGUCCAUCUCCAAGAUAUCAGUCUCCUUGGGCAGUGGAUUGAACAAGCACCAGAAGUGGUUCCCAGAGCGAGGACCGAAGAUUUGGACUUGGCUAUUGAGAGUCUGUCAACCAUGACAGGUUUUCGCAUACCCUGGAGCCUUAAAGGUGCCCUUGAGAAAGGCGGGACGCGUCUGUACGAAUUAGCAUUGGGAGGACUGCGCUCGAAUGUAGGAUGCAUCGCAAAUGCCGUCGCGUGGCUUCAUCAUCAAGGCAUCCGCCACAAAGACCUGAAACCUUCUCAAAUCCUACUUUCACCGGACGGGCUCUGGUUGACAGAUUUUGGGUGGUCAAAAGACAUAUCGGAGUUGACUCAAAGUGCAACGGACGGGGGUCACAAUAUAACACUAAAGUACCAGGCCCCGGAAAGGGCACAACAAAAGCCCUGUGGUCGAUCAGAAGACAUCUUUGCUUUGGGGUGCAUUUUCGUCGAAAUAGCUCAUCAACUAGCAAGACCUGUACUUGAGCCCAAAGAGCGUUGGACGCCAUGGAAGCAGAGAGGCUGGUAUUUCCAGGCAAAUCUCAAGGAAGUAGAAGCCUAUUUGUUACUUCUGAAAAGAUCCCUGGGUGGCUUCGAACUCAACCAUAGCCUCCCCGAGCUCAUUACAGGCAUGCUCGCUCUGGAGCCCGAUGAUCGCCCAUCCGUUGAUCAAGUUAUCGGUAUGCUAUCGAAAGGCGGCUUCUUCGACGAAUGCUGUCAACCUGAAUUUGUAGCCACUUCAUCCAACCUCAACGAUGAUCAGCAUUUCCAGCGAACCUCUACCUGGCCCGAAUUGAAUGGCCCAAUCGCUAAGUUAAACAUCAUCGAUCCCUCCUCAGCAAACAUCCCUUCGCACACCCCAGCCAAAACCAUAUAUGGUGCCGAAUCGAUCGAGUCAUUUCCAAGCACCAAUCCGUUUAGGUCUAUGACCAAUACGCCGAGCAAUGGAAGCAAGAAUCCAUUCAGGCAAAAGCAGAAUACCACAGGCAAACUAGACGUUUCUACUAGCGACUUGAGUAGUUUCGAUGGAAUGUCACAUGGCGUAGCCGCUGAGUCUUCGAACGAGCCUUCAAACGUAUCGAACAGUUUGGGCGCCCAACGCAUCGUCGAUCCGUUUCUUUCACCGUACCAAGACAUACGUCAGACGAGUCGGGGAAUCUAGGUGUCGUCACCAUGUAUAGGAGAAAUUGAGCAUGAGGCUAGAAGAUGAUGGAUUAGUAAGAGGAUUAAGUUUGUACGGCGUUGGUGGGCUUAGGAUUAGCUUCGCAAUGCUGAGCGCUUUGAUGGUGGUUUGGACUCGUCUUGCGCGCAUCGUUCUCGGUCCGUUGGUAGGCAGGAACAUGCCCACUCGGAGC